AUUACCUACUCGGGUACCUCGCAUGGUUUCAUUUCUCGGCUCAGAACGAACAAAGCGCUCGGUAACUUUUACCGAAGUUGACAGCAGGUCAGAGCUGCGUAGUCUCACACGACGAAGUGCACGGAGCGUAAUCGGAACUUUGAGGAGAUGGGCGACACGUUUUUCAGACAACUUUACGUUCUCUAUAUAGUAAUCUGGUGUAUCACCAGUUUUUACUUAAAAACUGUUGAAAGUUAUCCACUGUCAGACUGUGAAGUAGAUGGUGAUUAUAAUCAGGGUUCAGAUCUGCAGAGUACUUUGUGUGGACUCAUUUGGCGAGACCAUAACCAGGAGCAGAUCCAAAAUGUCUUCAAACGAUUUUUGUUUCACUAUUCCAAAGCACAGAAUUCUCUUGGUUCUGUUGAGAGAGAGUCACACUUCGUCCACCCGCUAAUGCGCCUCUCCCCCAAGUUUACCCAGCGCAGGAAGAAACAGCAGGCAUCCUCGCUGAAGGGGACAUGCAGUCACUCAGACAGACUCGUUUGAGAUGUCCUCUGUUCUUUCCUUGGAUGCUCUGCAAGAUGGGGAACAAGGUCUGGGCUGAUCCCAACUCACAGACCACUCGAGCUGUAAUUGAGUCAAUGUUUGUAAAUAAAUUGAAUCUCAUGUUUU